GGGAACUCGGGCCCGUAACUCGGAGCCGCAGCCACGCGGCACCAGCUGGUGGCCGGGCAGGACGGGCAGGACGGGCACUGAGCGCCUGUGUGUCACACGGCCCGUGGGUGCGGGGUAUUGCAGACAAACCACCGAGAAACGGAUUCGCACAUAAGCGAUGUAGGACCGGACAGCAUGGAAAACUCAACUGUGCAGAACUCGGAUAAUACAGAGGAGGAGAAGGCAACGAUGGCAACGGCUGUAAGCAAUGACAGCACUGGCAAUGGCGCUGAAACAUCAACAGAAGAGCAGAAUAUGGACUUCAGCACAGAAAUUAUGAGUGUAACUGAGAUGGAACAAUCGCCUGAUAGUUCUCCUGACCUGAAUGAAGACAACACACAAGAAGAGGGUGAAAUCCCAAAUAUUGGAAGUUUACAGACGACAGAUAUUGAGGCUGGAUUCCCUCCGGAUUUUGACAAGUUCUGGAGAGUAGUAGAGGACAAUCCCCAGGAUUUCACAGGAUGGGUCUAUCUGCUACAGUACGUGGAGCAAGAGAACCACUUACCAGCUGCCAGGAAAGCAUUUGACAAGUUUUUCACGCACUAUCCAUAUUGCUAUGGGUACUGGAAGAAGUAUGCAGACCUAGAAAAGCGACACGACAACAUUAAGCAAUCCGAUGAGGUUUAUCGCAGAGGGCUUCAGGCAAUUCCUCUUAGUGUUGAUCUUUGGAUACAUUAUAUAAACUUCUUAAAAGACACCUUGGACCCUGAUGACCCCGAAGCUAACAGUACUAUUCGAGGAGCCUAUGAACAUGCAGUUUUAGCUGCUGGGACAGAUUUCCGUUCUGACAGACUGUGGGAAAUGUAUAUAAACUGGGAAGAUGAGCAGGGAAACCUGAGGGAAGUUACAUCCAUAUAUGAUCGUAUCCUUGGAAUUCCAACACAGCUCUACAGUAAUCACUUCCAAAGGUUUAAAGACCAUGUCCAGAACAACUUGCCUCGGGACCUCCUGACUGCUGAGCAGUUUGUUCAGCUGCGCAGGGAGCUCGCAUCUGUGAAUGGCCAUGCAGGGGGCGACGCGUCGGCUGGCGACGAUCUGCCCUCGGGUACCGAGGAUAUCACUGACCCUGCCAAGCUAAUCACUGAAAUAGAGAACAUGAGGCACAGAAUCAUUGAGAUUCAUCAGGAAAUGUUCAAUCACAAUGAACAUGAAGUCAGUAAGAGGUGGACAUUUGAAGAAGGGAUAAAGAGGCCUUACUUUCACGUGAAACCUUUGGAGAAAGCUCAGCUAAAAAACUGGAAAGAGUACUUAGAAUUUGAGAUAGAAAAUGGGACGCAUGAACGAGUUGUGGUCCUCUUUGAGAGAUGUGUUAUUUCAUGUGCCCUCUAUGAGGACUUCUGGAUUAAGUAUGCCAAAUACAUGGAGAAUCAUAGUAUUGAAGGAGUGAGGCAUGUCUACAGCAGGGCUUGCACAAUACAUCUUCCUAAGAAACCGAUGGUUCACAUGCUGUGGGCUGCCUUUGAGGAACAGCAGGGCAACAUUGAUGAGGCGAGGAGAAUCCUGAAGACAUUUGAGGAGUGCAUUCUAGGCCUAGCAAUGGUUCGCUUGCGAAGAGUGAGCUUAGAGCGCAGGCAUGGGAACAUGGAAGAAGCCGAGCGCCUGCUGGAAGAAGCUGUUAGGAAUGCCAAGUCAGUUAGUGAAUCGUCAUUCUAUGCCAUCAAAUUAGCUCGGCACCUCUUCAAAGUGCAGAAAAAUCUUCCAAAGGCAAGAAAAGUGCUGUCAGAUGCCAUAGAAAUCGACAAAGAAAACACAAAACUGUAUCUCAACUUGCUUGAAAUGGAGUACUGUGGUGAUCUCACACAAAACGAAGAAAACAUUUUGAGCUGUUUUGAUAAGGCUGUGAAUGGCUCGCUGUCUAUAAAAAUGAGGGUUACGUUUUCACAGCGAAAAGUGGAAUUUCUUGAAGAUUUUGGUUCUGAUGUAAACAAGCUUUUGGAUGCCUAUGACGAACACCAAGCACUUCUGAAGGAGCAGGAUACUUUAAAGAGGAGAGCAGAAAACGGAGCGGAGGAGCCAGAUGAGAAGAAAAUGCUCACGGAGGAACAAACCAUGGCAUCAGCACAGAUGAUGGAUGGAGACAUGCAGGUCAAUCAGGCAGCAUACAACUAUAAUGCCUGGUAUCAGUACAAUUACCAGAACGCGUGGAAUUACGGACAGUAUUAUUCUCCUUCAACUUGAUCAGAGCAGCGGGUGACGUUCACUGUGCAGUAUCAACAAAGAGUAAAAUAUAUUUUUCUAAAUUAGGGUUGUGAAAGAACUGUUGUAAUACCUGCUUUUUGGUCUUCUGCAUGUAAAAUGAGCUGAUGUUCACAGGGUAUGUGUGAAGCAAGAAUUGUGUGCUGGUAACUGAUAAAUGGUAUCUGUACAAUUCUAGUUUACCAUAAAUGCAUUUUUUAAAUUCCCUGCACUAACUUAUGGAGCUCUCUGAAGCGUUUUGUUCGGUCUCGUAGCGAUCCCUGCAGUGCUGACCUGCUCUGGCUGCCCCUCCACGCUGCUCCCUUGUUUCUCCUCAGGCCACAUGGAUAAUGUAGGAUUUCCCCAAUAAACCCAGCAGCUCAGUGUGCCCGGCUGAGGGCAGGGACGAUGCUCAGCCCUUGGCACCAUGGGCAGAACGGGCUCAGUGUGUGGAAGAUGAAUUUGUAACAGAGUAGGGCGGUGAGAACUAACAGCAAACUGAGAACACUGUCCUGCUGCUCCCCUUCUUCCCAGGUUCAACGUCUGCCUCAAUUCUUCCACCUUCUCCCCACUAAGUGCCAUGGGGUGGGAGUGAGGGUUGUGGUCAGGCUGUACAAUGUCUUCUCUGCUCCUCUCCUUUCCUUGUGCUCUUCCCUGCCCCAGGGUGGGUCCUUCCCCUGCCUUCAGGAGCGUUUCCCACAUGGCUGCAGGAUUUGAUCCAGGCACUGAUCCAGCUGGGUGUCCUCUGGGCUGCAGCUGCUGCCAGACCCCCUGCAUCAGGGUGGGCCAACCCCCACCGGGCUGCAGCAGCCUCGGGGCACAGCCACCUGCUCUGCGUGGCCCCUACAGGCUGCAGGGUCCAUCUGCUGCAGUGCACAGAGCACCUCCUGCCCCUGGCUGACACUGGGGCUGCAGGGGAUGCUUCCCACUUUCUCAUCCCCUUGCCCAGCUGCUGUGCAGUGCUGCAGCCUUUCCCCAAUGCUCACAGCAGUGCAGCUUUGCUGACUCCACCUUGGAUGGAGGUGGCACUUGGUGCAACCCCUGCAGGCAGCACCCUGCCCCUUAGCCCAGUGCAGUGCUGUGGGUCUGAUCCGUAAACCUCUCUGUGUUAGAAUAAGCAGCUCUUUGACCUGCUCUGCUCUCCUUCCCAACCAAAACUGUGCCUGUUUCCAUUGUGUGAUCCUUCCUAUGCCCCAGUGAGCAAAUCCCAAUUCCUUUGUUAUAAGGCCAGGGCUGAAGCUCUGCAGCUGGAGGUGGCAGCCUUUGGAAGCUGUGAUGUGUUUUCUAUUCCACGUGGGGGGUCCGAAAUUAAAAUGCAGUGCAAAAUGAUGUUGCGUUCUUUUUUUAAGAAGCACAAGCUGUGUUUGGGAUGAUUUUUGUAUCUGGAGUUUUUCAUGUACACAAUGUGAGCAAAUUUUUUCAUUUUGAUCAAAGUGAUCAUUUCAUUUUCGUAAUAAAAGCAAUUCAGCCGUUCU